GCCUCCCACAGCAUGACAACCAGCCCUGAGGCUGCCAUGAAGCUUUCACAUGCUCCUGUCGGAGUCCUGGUUGGGAACAUCAGCUGUGGAGUGCCGCCUGAGCAUUACGUUGUUAGCACAUUUUGUUCUUAGUUUGGCUCUAGAAGAAAAAUCUAAGAAGGACCCCCCUAAAAAAAUGAGCCAAGACAAGGGGUUGGACAUAAACAGUGUUCAAGCCGGAGACCCUGAAGAGCCAGCCACGAAACUAAACCAUCAAGGGCUAGCACAGGAAAUUGACACCAAUGAAAAUCCAUUACAGGGUCUAUCCAAAAAUGAGGCUCUUCUGGUCCCAGGGUUCUUGGACACAAAGUGGGCCAAAGAGAAGGCCAUUGUUCCCAUGGUCAGCAACACACUCCAUAUGUCCACAGAGGAGCCUGAGAUCUCACAACAGGUUAGUGACACCCCCGAGUUCUCAGAAAAUAUUGUCCAUCCUAAACAUGGAAAUAGUUCCAAGUCUUCAGCAAAAACCACACAGCUGAAACAGGGCAAUACCUCAAAGCUCUCAGUCAAAGCUGAUAAUCCAAAACAGAAAAACAUUUCUAAGACGUCGGGCAACUCCAUGCAGACAAAGCAUAGCAACAUGCCCAAAUCCUUGGCAAAAACCACCCAUCCCAAACAAGAGACCACCCACAAUCCUGCAGCAAACAGCAUCCAUCCCAAGUCAUCAGAGGAUACUAUCCAAUCCAAGGAAGAUGACACCCCCAAGUCCUUAGAAGACACCAUUCUGUCCAAUGAGAGUGACAUCCCCAAAUCCUCACAGGACACCAUCCUGUCCAAAGAUGCUAAAAUCCACCAGCCCUUAAAAGACAGCAUCUGGUCCAAGGAGAAUGAUAUCCCCAAGUCCUCACAGGACACCAUCCUGUCCAAAGAUGCUAAAAUCCACAAUCCCUUAAAAGACAGCAUCCAGUCCAAGGAGAGUCAAAUUCCCAAGUUUUCACAGGAUACCAUCCUGUCCAAAGAUAGUAAAAUCCACAGGCCCUUAAAAGACAGCAUCCAGUCCAAGGAGAAUGACAUCCCCAAGUCCUCACAGGACACCCUCCUGUCCAAAGAUAGUAAAAUCCACAGGCCCUUAAAAUACACCAUCCAUUCCAAGGAGAGUGACAUCCCCAAGUCCUCACAGGAUACCAUCCUGUCCAAAGAUAUUAAAAUCCACAAACCCUUAAAAGACACCAUCCAGUCUAAUGAGAGUGACAUCCCCAAGUCCUCACAGGACACCCUCUUAUCCAAAGAUAGUAAAAUCCACAGGCCCUUAAAAUACACCAUCCAUUCCAAGGAGAGUGACAUCCCCAAAUCCUCACAGGACACCCUCCUGUCCAAAGAUAUUAAAAUCCAUAAACCCUUAAAAUACACCAUCCAUUCUAAGGAGAGUGACAACCCCAAGUCCUCACAGGACACCCUCCUGUCCAAAGAUAUUAAAAUCCACAAACCCUUAAAAUACACCAUCCAUUCCAAGAAGAGUGACAUCCCCAAGUCCUCACAGGACACCAUCCCGUCCGAAGAUGUUAAAAUCCACAAGCCCUUAAAAGUUCCCUCCAAGGAGGGAGAAAUCACUAAGUCCCCAGAAGACACCAUCCAGUCCCAGGAAGGUGAUAUUAUCAAGUCCUCAGAAGAUGAAAAGCUACCUAAGGAAAGCAAAAUCUCACACUUGGAAGAAGAAACAGCAUCUCUAGAGGAAGACUUUGUGAGAGUGGUCAUAGACAAGGAGGAAUUUGAGGAGGCACUUAAAGAGGCUGGGGAGAAACUGGUGGCUGUGGACUUCUCCGCCUCGUGGUGUGGGCCUUGCAGAACCAUGCGGCCGUAUUUCCAUUCUCUCUCUGUGAAACAUGAGGACGUGGUGUUCCUGGAAGUGGACGCUGAUGACUGUGAACAGCUGGUGCAGGACCGUGAUGUCUUUUGCCUCCCAACUUUCCAGUUUUAUAAAAAAGAAGAGAAGGUGGGUGAGUUUUCUGGUGCCCUAGUGGAAAAACUGGAAGCAAGCAUUGAAGAAUUAAAGUAAUCAUAUAUUCUGAACAUCAUAAAUGAGUUAAUAGCUGAUUUCUCUUUAAUUUGCAAAAAAAAAAAAAAGAUUAAACAAGACAAAUGUGUUCUCCCAAA